GAAGCUUUCAAUUGAUAACGUGCAUCCAUCACCCUCAAAGGUCGAUACUUACAAUGAGAACAGAACAAGAAAGCAUAGAUCGAACAAAACUGAACAAAGCUUUAGUAGGGUUGCCGGGAUCUCAAGAAAAACACCUUUGUCAAAGAAUGUCAUAAACAACAUACGUCGCUCACAAGUUCCUCAAAUCAGGGAUACCUUGAAGCACCUUAGGGUGAAGGAUAUGCUGCCAGCUAUUUGGUUUAUUUUUAGUAGAAGAGGUUGUGAUGCUGCUGUUCAGUACCUUGAGGAUUGCAUGCUUUUAGAUGACUGUGAAGCUAGCGAAGUUGAACUUGAACUGCGGAGAUUUAGGGUGCAGUAUCCUGAUGCUAUUAGGGAAGGAGCUAUAAAAGGUCUUCUGCAAGGAAUUGCAGCACAUCAUGCGGGCUGCUUACCACUUUGGAAGUCAUUUGUUGAGGAACUAUUUCAAAGAGGUCUUGUCAAGGUUGUCUUUGCUACCGAAACACUUGCUGCUGGGAUCAAUAUGCCUGCUAGGACAGCAAUAAUUUCAUCUCUUAUCAAAAGGGGUGAAUCAGGACGGACACUUUUAAGCUCAAAUGAGCUACUUCAGAUGGCAGGUCGUGCUGGAAGGAGAGGUAUUGAUGAAGUUGGUUAUGUUGUUCUUGUUCAAACUCCAUAUGAAGGAGCUGAAGAAUCUUGUGAGCUUCUGUUCACAGGGCUUGAACCUCUUGUAUCACAAUUUACUGCUUCUUAUGGAAUGGUUCUUAAUCUCCUAGCUGGUGAAAAAGUUACUCGCAUGUCAAGCAAAUCGGCUAAUUUAAAAACUUCUAGUUCCGGUAGGACAUUAGAAGAAGCUAGGAAACUGGUUGAACAAAGUUUUGGUAACUAUGUUGGAAGUAAUGUCAUGCUUGCUGCUAAAGAAGAACUAAUAAGGAUCAGGAAAGAAAUUGAGUUGCUUUCAAAGGAAGUUACUGAUGAAGCUAUUGACAGAAAGUGCCAAGAGCAACUCUUGGAGGCAGAAUACGCUGAAAUCUUAUAUUUACAGGAAGAACUGAGGGUAGAGAAACAGUUUCGAACUGAACUCAGACAAAAGAUGGAGCUUAAGCGCAUGGCUGCAUGGAAACCAUUAUUGGAUGAACUUGAAACUGGACAACUGCCUUUCAUUUGUCUGCAAUAUAAAGACAGCGAAUCAGUUCAGCAUCUUGUCUCUGGUGUUUAUAUGGGAAAGUUUCAUCUAGAUCCUGAGAAUUCUAACAUUGACCCGUCCAAGCCUAAGUUGGCAUAUGCGGAAGACGAGGGUAGCGGCAAGCCAGCCUAUUAUGUAGCUUUGGGCUCAGACAAUUCUUGGUAUCUAUUUACAGAAAAGUGGAUCAAAAUGAUAUACAAGAUUGGCCUUCCUAAUGUCUCUUUAGCUUAUGGUGAAGCUUUACCGAGAGAAAUUUUGAGGGGCCUCCUAACGAAGGAGGAGUUGACGUGGGAUAAGCUAGUAGAAUCUGAGUUUGGAUCUCUAUGGAGCACAGAAGGUUCUCUUGAGACAUGGUCAUGGAGUCUAAAUGUUCCAGUACUGAGUAGCCUCUCAGAAGAUGAUGAGGUGAAAAAUUGGUCUGAAGAAUAUCAAGAUGCUAUCAACUGUUAUAGAGAGCAAAGAAAAAAGGUUUCCCGUUUGAAGAAAAAAAUGACAAGCACAAAGGGGUUUAAAGAAUUUAAAAGGGUUUUGGAUGUGGUUAACUUUAACAAGGAAAAAAUUGAGCGCUUAGAAACUAGAUCUCAUCGUUUAACCAGAAGGAUAGAACAGAUUGAACCCUCUGGUUGGAAAGAGUUUCUUCAGAUCAGCAAAGUUAUACAAGAAACCAGAGCUUUAGAUGUCCAUACACAUGUUAUGUAUCCUUUGGGAGAAACAGCGUCUGCAAUUCGAGGAGAAAAUGAACUUUGGCUCGCUAUGGUCCUUAGAAAUAAAAUUUUGUUAGAUCUAAAACCUGCUCAACUUGCUGCAGUACUUGGAAGUUUAGUUUCUGAAGGAAUAAAAAUUCGGCCUUGGAAAAGUAACUGCUACGUAUUUGAACCAUCCUCCAUUGUUGUUGAUGUUGUUGAGAUUUUGGAGGAACAGAAAACCUCUCUCUUGCAGAUACAGGAUAAGUAUGGGGUAAAGAUUUCUUGUGGAUUAGAUUGCCAAUUUUCUGGGAUGGUUGAGGCUUGGGCUUCUGGUCUGACUUGGAGGGAAAUAAUGAUGGACUGUGCAAUGGAUGAGGGUGAUUUGGCUCGGCUCUUCCGUCGUACAAUUGAUUUAUUGGCACAGAUUCCAAAACUGCCGGACAUUGAUCCCGUGGUGCAAAACAAUGCUCUCGCAGCCGCUAAUGUUAUGGACCGUGCGCCGAUCAGCGAGUUAGCUGGAUGAACUGCUAUAUGUGGUAAAAACUGUAGCAUCAUUUAUGAUUUUUAUUUCAUUAAGAAUUUUACGAAAGCAUGGGCUAUAUUUCUCUUCUUUGUUUCAAUUCUCUUCAUUUAUUUUAGGGAAAUUCGAGUACAUGUGCCCAUUAAUGCUUAAAAUGGAUAAAAUAUGCUCAUUGAUUCAUUACUUCUAGAAAUAUGUUCAAAUGUUUAUUUUGGAUCAAAA